ACGCGUGAACGCAUGUUUAACAUCAAAACAAACCUGUUCGCACGUGGGUAUCGGGUGUGGAGUUAGUUUUCUUCAUUUAAUUGCAAUUUAGUAAUUUCAUUUGGAGGAAAUGGAUAUUAAGAAAAAAAUCCUUGAACGUUUGUCUAAAGAUACGCGUGAUUUUGCCGGCAACAUUGACUAUGGAAUCAAGCUGUGGAAAUCGCCCAGCUUCUACUACAUGUCGAAAUACGACAUUUCGUUUAACUAUUUCCUCGACAAUGUGGAACAGUUUUACGACGAGCUGAAAACCUACGAUGAGCCACAGUUUAACGAACGUUGGCAAAUCAUCAACAGCUUCCUAUUGUUACCGUGCCCUUCCAACGCACUUCCCUCCAGAGUGAUAAAACGCUUGGAACGAAUGCUUCGGAAGCUAAACGAGCAAGCAACCGGCCGUAGAGAACAACUUCUGGAAAGUUUCCUAAUCGUAGCGUUGGAUGUGAAGUACAAAAAUUUCUACAAGUUCGACUUCCAUACCUAUGGUGAUGUGUUAAACAUUGUGCUACAAUACUACAAAAAGUGUCUGAAUGAGCCGAAAUCCAAGGAGCAGGAAGAGAAGAUCGUUGAUCGAAUAUUGGACGACAUUAAACUCUAUCUCAAGUCGUUCUCGGACCAGCGCAAAUGGAAACAAACGUUCAACAGAUUCGUUUCACCAUUGUCAGAGAUGGUUUUACUGUUGGAACAGCAUGGCAUCGAUCGUAGAAUGGAACUGCUGAACUUCUUUCAACAGGUUUACUUUACCAACGAAAACGUCACGUCUUACAACCGCAUGACGGAAGGGCAAAACCAGCUGGCAUUUAUGGGUAGCUUCAAUCCGAGUCAAUAUCCACUCCAUGUGAUUGCGCUGUUGAUGGAAGGAUUUCUUUGCGCGUAUCGAGACUUAAAGCUGGAAAUUUUACUAUUUUUGAAGUACUAUCUGCAGAAUGUGUUCGUGGCUGAAAGCACCUCCAUCAUCAAGGACAGCCAUCAAAGGUUUGCCAUUACGAAGUACGUGUUUACGCUGCUGAAAAGAUAUUUCAUCAUAGUCGAUCAACAGCUGAUGGUGGAUUUUAACUUCAUCGAGAUUCUGACCACAAAAUUGAAGGAACAGCUAGACAUUUGUUCCGCUUCCGAACCGAUGAUGCGCGACUUUCUCGACCUGAUCUGCACAAUCAACGACUACAACCCACUCAUUCUUGAGCACAACAUCGUGGAUAUCAUACUAAAGGUUAUGUUCAUGCGGAAAGAACCAGCAACAAUGUGCUCCUUCCAGCGGAUGCUCGUAUCCACGGUAAACAUGUUCACGAAGCUAAACAAAAGUGAAAACCUCUGCGACGAGCUGUUUAUGAAGCUGGGUGAUUAUCUGGAGGAAAAUGAUUUAGAUGACACGAUACGUGAGUUGCGUAAGAAGCACACCAGUAAGCGAAAGGUUGACAAUGACGUCUCUAAAACACCCACGAAGAAAACGAAAAUUGCUGACGGAUCCGCACAGCCUGUAGAAACCAUGCUACCAAGCAGGAAUGUGUUUUGGGAUGUGUUGUUUUCCGCACAAAAAGCCUCCAAUGAAACUGGUCGGAUUCAACAUCGCGCUCAAAUGCACAACUUUUGGCCAGGGUUAACCUUUGCCUGGCCCGACGCCGACGGUAUGCUGGGUGAAGCAAUGAAAGAGUUCACAAAGAAGCUGCUAACGAAGCGUAGCCUUUCGUAUUGGAAAAAAUUCAUGCUACUGCUGAAUGAUUUAUUGGAUCUGCCGGAACAGACGGUGAGCACUGUCUUCCAGGUGGAAUUGGCCCUGUGUUGGAUGUGUUACUUCUUUGCUGGAAAUACGUUAAUCGAACAUUCGAACCUUUUCUGGCCAAAACUUGUCGCGAGCUUUGAAGUGUUUGAUCAGUUAUUGGGCACCAUUGGGCGAAGAAUAUUGUCAGGAGAGGAUCAAGAAUUUAUGGCGCUGUACGGUGCGUUCUUAAACGUGGUUUACUACUACGGCAACUAUCGGCUGAUGGUGCUUUACUACCGGCCGGAUUCAAUAGAGGAAAGCAAUUAUGGGAAACUGCGUGCCUAUUUGAAUGAUUCCGAGUGGCUCACGCUCGAACAACGUGUUCCAGAAAAGGACGUUCCGCUGCUGAAUAGAGUACUGUUGCAGAAACUUCAAUUGCUGUACUUUGCGGAGCAAAAGCAUGCAGUAGAAGAAGACAAACAGGAGGACACUUCUAAUCACGAAGAAAGACAACAAAUACUUGGGCACAUUCUAAGCGAUAAAACUGGUGAAAAUGUGCGCCCUGUUCUACUCGAUCGCUCGGCAAACGUUUGGUUUAUGGGUCUGUUGGACAAACAGCAGCAAAGAACCGUUGUGCAACGUCUGCUCGAUCGAGCCUACUGUCCGCUUGAUGAAAUUAAACACAUCCUGCUGGAAGCAUCUUCCAAUCACGAUCUGUUAGAGGUUUUCCUGUUCACAGUGUACAAGAGAAUAGCAGAACUGUUAUCGCGUUCAGACAUGCCUUCCAUGUUUACCGAUAUAUCCUUCGAAGCGUUGCUCGAACAGGAUGAAACAGAUAUUGUUCCCAAGCUUAAACAAUUACUUGAACAGAGCGCAAAAAAUGUGAGCGAGAAGAAGAUGGAAUUGAAAUCAUCAGCUGUAAGCGGUUUGGAACAUCUGUUAGAUGUCCUGGAUGAGAUACGGCUAGAUUCGCACGAGCAGAGCAAAAAAUCGAUUCUGGUUGCCGUCCAUCUUUUGCUGCUGGCGAAUCUGAAUGCUUGUAAUUCGGAAAAGAUUGCAGAACGCUUUAAAAACCAACUCAUAAGAUUUAUUCUGCUCGGUACAAAGACAAACAUGUCUAAGUUUAGUACGAUUGAAACACUCUUUCAACUGUUCGGUCUAUCGCCGGUUGUGAUCAUUUUGUUGCAACAGCUGCUUGAACAUCUGACGGAGGAAAAGAAUGAUGAGCUGAAAUCCAUUUUGGCAAACUUUUCAUUCGAAAACGAUGUACAUUUUGAACUGUUGCUGCUCAUCUACAACCUUGAGCGAAGAAUUAAGUAUCGAGAUCGUCAAUCCACUAUACCAUUGGAGGAGCGUAAAGUUUUUCUGAACGAUAUUGUAACAGCCGUUGAUAGUUAUUUGCUGCAGAAAGAAGCAAAAAAACUGCGUAAAAAGGACAUGGCAGGGUUUAACCACGCACUAAAGGGAUGUUUAACCAGCAUACGGCAUAAAGCGGAACAGCAAGUGGAGCUUAACGAACAGAUGCACACACAUUUGCUGACUUACAUAAAAGAAGCGAUGAAGGUAUUUACUUACAACUCCGAUAUGCUGCUUACGCGCUGUCUAAUCCACAAGGAGUACCUUAAGCUCGACACCGUUUUGACGGGUGCAAUUGAGGAAAAGUGCUGGGAAAUGUUUCUCUCGCUGAUGCAAGAACAGACUGCAGUGAAGGAGGAACAGGAGCAUGGUAUGGCAUUGGAUGAAGGGAAUCCUGCUGUCAGCAAAACCCAUGAACAAAUGAAGCGCAUCGAAACGAUCAUUUCCUCGCUCGUUGGCCAUCUUUCGGAGGAACAAUACAUGGAGAAGCUAAACCUCCUAAACAGAGUCAAUUUUACCAACAGCAAGGAUACGUCUGCAUCGCUCAAAAUUACCAUGGCCGUGUUUAACAUCCUCUCGAAACAUGGUCUCCCAAACACGGUCACGAAGGAAACGUGCAAAGUGUUUGUACGCUCGUUUGCGGCCGUUGUUGCACGCGACGUGAUGGGAUUGUGUGUGCUAAAUCAGCACCAGCGUGAUCAGGAUUUGGUCGAAACAAUUCUGGAGUGUUUCGCAACCAUUAUCGAAAAUCGCAAGCUCGCACUCUUUCCGGCACUGCUCGACUAUGUGCUACAGUUUCUGAGUGCGAUCAACAUCGGCAAGCUCGCUGCUGUGCAGCAGGGCGAAGAGACAGCCUUCUUUCGGUUGCAUCGUUUAAUGGGCAGUGUGAUGUAUCAGCUGCUGCAGACACGUCCCAAUUACGUAGCGAUGCGUCUGCCCAGUUACAUGCACGCUUACGAAGGUUUGCUGGGAGCUCUCAUCUGCUAUAAAGGCGACGUAGCUUUGGGAAAAGAUUUAAACAGUUUCGAAAUACUUACCAUAUCGGAUCUGUUACUACCGUUGCAAAGGAUUGUUAAUGUAGCGUGCAAAAAGCUGCAGAAACAGCUUUACGUUCUAGCGCCGUACGUGCUGGGCAAAAUAUUAUACACGAUCGUACAGUGUAAGCGGGCUACCACGGAGCAUAAACGGAUCGCCAACAACGUGUACAACGUUUGCUUCAGCCUGAUGGAAAUUUACGAUUCGCAUGCACCGGCCUACCUGUUGCGAACGAUGGACGAAAGCUGCCGAAUGCUGUUUUCGAACAUAAAGAAACAGUACGAGAGACGCCACGAAAAGAUCGGCUACAAGGAGAGACGUAAGUCUACACGAGUAAAUGCUGUAAACACGAGUAAAUAAAUUGUUAAUGCAUAAAGAUGGAUACUAUCAA